AUGUCCGAGAAGCUACUCCAAUGUGGAUUGUUUUCAGGACGUGCUCGGCAUUUUUUCACAAUAACGAACCCUCUGAACAUCUUGGCAAGCAACGCAACUCUUGAAAAAAGCAAAAAAAUUGUCACCGAUUACAGAAAUGGAACAUAUGACAAAGACCUGACAGUAGAUGAGCUUUGGGAAGCGAAACAUAUCUAUGAUUCGGCUUAUCAUCCAGAUACCGGAGAGAAGAUGUUUAUUUUGGGAAGAAUGAGUGCUCAGGUAUGUACUGAAAGCAGGAAUUUUCUCAAAAAUUUCAGCAAUCCUUGA